UAGCGCUUCCACCAUAGAUACGGGUGUAGACGAGGCCCUAACGCGCUCAGCGAGUAAUAUCCGUACAUUAUGAUGUGCACAAACGAGUUCAUCAGAGCUGGCACAAAGGCUGCAAGUAGAUAAAUUAAGAUAACAGCAAACUAAGCGUACGACACGCGAAAUUGGACAACAAAAUCAGACAUUGUCCGGUGCGAGUUACUCAGUUGUUCCACGGACAUUGACGCGAACAGAAGCUCCAGAAAAUCGCAUAAAUAGUUGAAAUCGGGAAAACAAUGCAACAACGUUACAAUCUAAUCGCUCUGCUGAGCCUCUGUCUCUGUCUUGGCCUGGCUGAGUCACGCACGCGACCCAAAGCAUUGCCCAUUACGAAGUACGUUUAUACUACGGGCAGCUCAUCGCACGUGGAGAGUCUUUUGGGCACUUCGCGCCCCAGUCCCGAGGCUUAUAAGACGGUGAGGAAUGCUUUUGCCCACUAUGAGGAGUCGCGAUCAUUGGGCUACGAUCUGGAGCUGGACUCACGUGAAGUUCAGGCCAAUGAAACAAUUAUGAAGGCCAAGAUCAACGAGUAUGCGGAGGGAGAAAUUACGCCGCAUCUGUUCAAUCCAUCGCAGCACAUCUUCAAGGUGCUCGAUGCCAUCAAUAAGACCGAAUUGUUCCAGCUGCUGAGGCACAUGCCCAAGGGCGCUGUGUUGCAUGCUCAUGACACGGCUUUGGCCAGCACAAAAGUCCUCAUCGAACUGACCUACAAGGCUGAUCUCUGGAUUUGCCAGCAAACUGGCGAUCUGAGUGCUGAGGCCAUGCGUUUUGCCAAAGAAAAGCCAGCUGCUUUGACGGAUGCCGGACAGAACUGUGAUUGGAGCCUGCUCUCCGAUGUGCGAAGGGAGCGUGGAGCCGAAGCAGUCGAUGAAUAUUUGGCCGAACGUCUGACACUUUAUCCCACCACGGACUUUUUGGACAACAACGAUGCGUGGACGAAGUUCAUGAAGAUCUUUGCGCUCCUCGACGGUCUGUUGAUGUACGCACCUGUCUGGGGUGAAUACUACUACAAGGCCCUGGAAGAAUUCUUGGCUGAUGGAGUGCAGUAUCUGGAAUUCCGUACCCUGUUGCCAACGCUCUAUGAUUUGGAAGGCACUGUUUAUACGCCUCUGGACACUGUGCGCAUCUAUGUGGAAACUCUGAAUGACUUCAUGUCGAAGUCAGAGAACUCCGCUUUCAUUGGCUCUCGCAUGAUAUAUGCUCCACUCCGCAACACAGACACAGAAGGCAUGUUGGGCUACAUCAAUACACUUAAAGAGAUUAAGGAGAAGUAUCCCGAUUUCUUGGCUGGCUUCGAUUUGGUGGGUCAAGAGGAAUUGGGCAAACCCUUGAACGUAUUUAUUGAUCAGCUGCUGCAAGUGCCCGACGACAUUGAUUUCUAUUUCCAUGCCGGCGAGACAAACUGGUUUGGUUCCACAACCGAUGAGAAUCUCAUUGAUGCCUUGUUGCUGGGCACCAAACGCAUUGGUCACGGCUUUGGGCUGGUCAAACAUCCCGUUGUGCUGGACCUGGUCAAGAAACUGAACGUCGCCAUCGAAGUCAGCCCGGUGUCGAAUCAAGUGCUGCAGUUGGUCAGCGAUUUCCGCAAUCAUCCGUGUGCACAAUUCUUCGCUGAUGGCUAUCCCGUUGUCAUCUCCUCGGAUGAUCCAUCAUUCUGGAAGGCCACCCCACUGUCGCAUGACUUUUACAUUGCCUUCCUGGGCAUUGCAUCGCAGCAUGCGGAUCUGCGGCUGCUGAAGAAAUUGGCACUCAACUCCAUCCAAUACAGUUCGCUGAGUGCGGAUGCCAAGUACGAUGCGCUGAGCAAGUGGCAAAUGAAGUGGGAUGAGUUCCUGGACUAUGUGAACAAUGUUUCGCCAAAUGGUGCUACUUCAUACUCGUCACACGGUCAAUCCAUUAUAGGUACAUAAGAGAAUUUACCACUUAAAUAGUUAAUCGAUAAUACACACACACAUACACACAUACUAUGUGUCUUUAUGAUGCAUUGGAGCAAUCAAACAGCAUUUGCACUAAACAUAUACUUGUUAUUGUAUUUGAAUAAAGAGCUCGGCUUAUUUCAUACACCUACAACCCA